AUGGUGCUAUCUGCUGUGCCGACCUUAGGUUUGUGGCUCGAGCUGUUCCUUCAACAACUGAAGCCAUGGUGGAGACCUAGGAAAAAGCACAGAUAUGGAAAAGGCAGAAUAGGCAUCACAUUCCGCAUCUGUGCACCCACAGGAGCAGAUGAAAAUUGCAAUAGCAGCUUUGGGGACUUCAUCAAACCUGUACAUAAGAGCACGUCAAAAACAGAAUUUCUUACCAAAGUGACCAUAGUUGAUGCACUCAUGCCCACAUGUCCAGAAACACAUCAUCAAUGUAAAAGCAGAGGUAAAAAUCAUAUGCUCCCUGGUAGCUUCCAGAUCCUAGAGAAGUUAGGUUGUCUUCUUCAAAAUUAA